GGGCUUGCCCUGCGCCUUCCUGUACACAGCCCCCUUCAUCAGGGCCCGCCCCUCGCAACUAGAUCGCGGGGAGGGGCCGAAGCGAAACCCGAGCCCGACGCCCACCACCCCGGCUGACUACGUGGCUCUGGCUCUGCGGACCCGGCCUCCCCCGGCAGCGCCGUGGCCAAUGGGCGCGUGAGUGGGACGGCUCGAGCCUCCCCGCGCUAGCCGGUCGCGCCCCUCGCUGGGGAGGGGAUAGCGGUUGCGACGCUCCGAGCCCCUACUGCCCCGCCGCCUCCCUCUGCUCCUGACUAUGGCGCUUGGUGGCCGCCUGGGACUCACCGUGGGGCUGCUGCUGGCGCUGGCGCUGGCACUGCGAGCCAAGCCCAUGGUGCGCAAGGAGCGCGUGGUGCGGCCCGACUCGGAGCUGGGUGAGCGGCCGCCUGAGGACAACCAGAGCUUCCAGUAUGACCACGAGGCCUUCUUGGGCAAGGAGGACUCCAAGACCUUCGAUCAGCUAACCCCGGAGGAGAGCAAGGAAAGACUAGGGAAAAUUGUUGAUCGAAUUGACAAUGAUGGAGAUGGCUUUGUUAGUACUGAGGAGCUGAAAGUUUGGAUAAAACGAGUACAGAAAAGAUACAUCUAUGAUAAUGUCGCUAAAGUCUGGAAGGAUUAUGAUAGGGACAAAGAUGAAAAGAUCUCCUGGGAAGAAUACAAGCAGGCCACCUAUGGCUACUACCUAGGAAACCCCACUGAAUUCCAAGAUAGUUCCGACCAUCACACCUUUAAAAAGAUGCUGCCGCGUGAUGAGAGAAGGUUUAAGGCGGCAGACCUUGACGGCGACCUGACAGCGACCCGGGAGGAGUUCACUGCCUUUCUGCACCCGGAGGAGUUUGAACAUAUGAAGGAGAUUGUAGUUUUGGAAACCCUGGAGGACAUCGACAAGAAUGGAGAUGGUUUCGUGGACCAGGAUGAGUACAUUGCGGACAUGUUUUCCCAUGAGGACAAUGGCCCUGAGCCAGACUGGGUUUUGUCAGAACGGGAGCAGUUCACUGAUUUCCGGGAUCUAAACAAGGACGGGAAGCUGGACAAGGAUGAGAUCCGCCACUGGAUCCUCCCUCAGGACUAUGACCAUGCACAGGCCGAGGCCCGGCAUCUGGUUUACGAGUCAGACAAAAACAAGGAUGAGCUGCUAACCAAGGAGGAGAUUCUAGAAAACUGGAACAUGUUUGUGGGAAGCCAAGCCACCAAUUACGGAGAAGACCUCACCAAAAAUCAUGAUGAACUUUGAAAGACACUCAUUCUGAUGUGGCAGCUGUCACAGGCUUUCUUCAGGUGUUCUAGGUGGUUGCUAUGGUUGUCGAGUGUAUAGCAGUUGUGUCCCUAAACAGUGAAAUUAUACCUCAGAUUGGGGUAAAAGUUAUUUUUCACUUCAUAGUUACUGGAAAAUAGCCAUUGCUAUUUGUACCAGUAGGAUUUCCCUGGAAGCACAGUAAACUCUUGUCAAACCACAGUUCCCUG